AUGACGCUAUGUUGGCCGUCGAAGCCCAUCUCGACUCCUAGGCAUGGAACUUUUAGAAUGAUGCCUCAUUUAUUUUAUGCAAGUUCAGUGAAAAGUGGGGUAGGAGGUGUAUCUCAAGAAGGUGAGCGCAGGUGCCGUCACAAUGGGCCAUCAAUCAGAUUUCCAUUCUGGGUUAAAGGUUUCCACUUAGAUCGCUACCGCUAUCCUGGGUUCGAGCUGUCCUGUGACAAGAACAAACAAACAAUCCUUGAUCUUCCCUUUUCUGUGAAGCUAUUUGUCAAGAAAAUUGAUUAUAAAUCUCAAGUUAUUCGAUUGUAUGACCCAGAUGGCUGCGUUCCGGCAAAGCUUCCAAACCUCAACUUGUCUGCCUCUCCUUUCCAGUUCAAUGAAAUAUACUUAGGUAAUUACUCGUUAUUCAAUUGUUCUGCACCAGGCAGACAAAUUCAUGACUCGGUUCCUUGCCUUCGAGCUUCCGCCUACCAGGUGUAUGCCAUAUGGUCUAUGGAGACAGUCGAUGAUUAUCCUUUGACAUCUUGCAUCAAGAUUCAUGACUUACAAUCGGUGCCCUAUAAUAUAUUUGAUCAAAGAGGUAAGCUUCAGUUGAGUUGGUCGAAACCAAAUUGCAGCUUCUGUGAAGCUGAAGGCAAGAUUUGUAGAUUGAAGGAUAAUACCACAGAACAUGAAACUGAAUGUGUUGCCACAUCCAAAACACUCCAAGUGUUCCUUCCUCCAAACCUUGAAGCAGCUCAAGAAGGUGAGAGGUGCCGUCACAAUGGGCCAUCAAUCAGAUUUCCAUUCUGGGUUAAAGCUUUCCACCCAGAUCGCUACCGCUAUCCUGGGCAGACAAAUUGA